AUUCCUUCAUCUAUUCUCUUAGUUAUUUAUUCAUCUCUUCUGCACAACAGACAAUGGUGAGUUGUCGUGCUGCCUACAGUAGGCUUGCAAGUGACUGCUUUCUAUGUAUGAGGACGGAUAUUGUGUCUCUUUGGUGACUAUGGGAUGAACGACAAUGUUGUUAUUAAAGAUACGGCACAGCUUUGGACACAGCCGGACCCACCAAGAGAUUAUUUGACUUUCAGUCAUGCCUUUCCAGUUCAUUUGAAAGAAACCACUAGAAUUACCCCGAGCAGAUGCCUGAAACUAUCACAGGCGAGUUUGUCACUUGGCGAUUAUUUUGUGAUCCAGUCUGUGCAAGGGCUCACCUCAGCCACCUUCCUCACCUCAGCAUGGAGUUAGGGUGAUUUCCUCUGUAUAUGUCCAAAUCAUGAGCUCCCUUCUUGGAAUCACAAGCCAAAUACAUGUAAACAAAAGGCAAAGGGGGACAUUAAUUGCCCUAAAGUUCAUCUGCCUUUUUAGACUGUCUGGUUCCAAUUAUAUAUUUUUUCAUUGUGCUAGAGUUUUUGGAACAACACAGAAUCAUUGAAUUAAAAAAAAUCUAGUUUGUCCAGGGAUAAUAGAAAUGUCAGCAUUUUUUGAUUCCCCAAAGCAUAGUAAGGUUAAAGUAUUAUGGAUUUGCACACAUUAUGUGCACCCUCAAAUUUUCAUGCUGAGUGCCUAAUAUAUGAAUUUAUGUGAAUCAAACGUAGAGACCUUGGGUUAAAAUCUGGGUUCUGGUUCUUGCUGCCAAGGGGCAGAUAAUGGCUUGUCGAGGUUGCUGUUGCUGUGGAUUCGGUCACAUAAAUGAAGACAAUGGUCGGUUCCUUUUGCUGGCAAUUCUGAUCAUUCUGUAUUUGCUGUGUGGCGCUGCUGUCUUCUCUGCCAUUGAACAACCUAAAGAGAAGGAAGCCAAGGAGAGAUGGCAGCAAAAAUUUGACACUUUUAGUCAAAAGUACAAUCUCAACGUAAGUGAUCUGCGAAACUUUCUACGGGACUAUGAGGAGGCAAAUGUUGCUGGGAUUAGGGUUGACAGUAUAAGACCAAGGUGGGAUUUUACUGGAGCAUUCUACUUUGUUGGAACUGUUGUCUCAACUAUUGGUUUUGGUAUGACUACUCCGGCCACUAUUGCCGGUAAAAUAUUUCUUAUCUUCUAUGGCCUGAUUGGCUGUGCAGCAACCAUCUUGUUCUUCAACCUCUUCUUGGAGCGGCUGAUCACAGUAAUUGCCUACAUAAUGAAGUCAUUCCAUGAGAGGCAGUUAAAAAGAAAGGGGGGGCUCCCUCCUGAAACAAGGCGGGGAUCUGGACACUCAGAAGUAGACAGCCUAGCUGGUUGGAAACCUUCUGUAUAUUAUGUCAUGCUGAUACUUUGUGUGGCAUCAAUUAUUAUAUCCUGUUGUGCCUCAGCAAUGUUCUCUCCUAUUGAAGGAUGGGGUUACUUUGAUUCCCUUUAUUUCUGCUUUGUUGCCUUCAGCACUAUUGGUUUUGGGGACAUGGUCAGUAGCCAAAAAGCCAAAUACGAGAACCAGGGGCUUUACCGAUUUGGAAACUUUAUCUUCAUACUUAUGGGAGUUUGCUGUAUUUAUUCUUUAUUUAAUGUUAUAUCUAUAGUCAUUAAACAAUGUGUUAACUGGAUAUUGCGGAAAUUAGAGUGCAGGUGCUGUCAGAGAUGCCAAAGAAAACUUUUUAGGCCUAAGAGAAAUGCGGUUAUGCCAGGAAAUGUUCGAACUAGAAGGAACAUCUCUAUAGAAACAGAUGGUGUGUAUGAAAGUGAAACCGAUGGACGGAGAAUGUCUGGUGAGAUGAUCUCCAUGAAAGACUUCUUGGCUGCCAAUAAGGUCUCUUUGGCUAUCAUGCAGAAACAGCUUUCAGAAACUGCCAAUGGCUGCCCCAGACAAAUUGGCACAAGUUCCAGGCACAAUGGAUUCUCAGGUGGUAUAGGGGCAUUAGCAAUUAUGAAUAACAGAUUGGCAGAGACUAGUGUGGACAGGUGAAUAUAACUAAUAUGGAUUCCAGAACUAAGUAGGACUCUUGAAAAUAUACAUGCUAAGUGCCAUAUUUUGGGUGUGACAUUCUUUAGAUGCAUGAAUGAGAAUCACUGGUGGUCCUUUAAAGAUAAAUCUGUGAAAGUGGGUAUGGAUAUAACAUGUCAUCCUUUUACAGUUAUUCCUCCAGCCAACUACAGCAUGCAAAGAUGAACCGAGACACCAGUAGAGUUUAUCCCAGAAUAUGCCUUCCCGAAAUAGCUCAGGAACCAGAUGGGCAUACAAAACAGGUAGCAGGUAGCAACAUAUCACCAUCCCUAUUUAGGAAAAUGCACCUAGUGUUAGGGGGAGAAAAAGUCCUGAUAUCUGUCUAUCUCUCAUCUUACUGUCCAUUUGUGUGUUUGACCUAUAUUUUUUUAUUGAUACAACUGUAAAGUCAUCUGAAAAUGGGUUGCACCCUCUGAUCUUCCCUGUGUAGCAUGCAUAAUUGGUUCAAUGCUAUUUUGGAAGGCAUUUUCUGGCAUACUGUACUGCAACGAGGAGCACUUUAGGAGUUAUUUUAGUUAGGUACAUAAAGCACUGUGAGUUACAUUUAUUAAAUACUGUACAAUGAGAUAAGCCACUGCACAUGUAUGCUCUUUUGCAGGUACCUUACCAGGACUCUGACUUUUAGGCACAGUUUGGUAAUCUACCUGGUAACCUACCUGCAGAGUGCAUAGAGCACCUUAUACCUACCAUACCAUGUUGUAUUUACAGAUCUCUCACUACUGUUUGUAACUACUCCAUUUUGGCUUUGCACCUUAUGACUAUUACCCAACUGCUCAACUUGACAGUAAAUAUUUAUAACCCUGUACCAGAAUAGGGCACUUUAUAACCCAUUUAUUAACAACCCUCUGUGUGAUCAGAACACAGCUGACAUGGAAGCCUAGAGAGUUAAUAAAGGAAACAUUUUAGACAGAUCAUAUUUCUAUGGAAAGCCACAACGCAGUUCAACAGGUCCUUCAGGAUAUAAUUGAUAUUUCUCCAAAGGAGAAUAAAGAAUGCAACAUUUUACAUAGUUUGUGACAAGACUUUGCCCUUUGCACUGUCCAUUAGAUCUAAGACGGACCCCAUAUUGCUGCUACAUGUACUUUUAAAAGGGACAGUGCAGCCUUUUCUUUUAUUUAUUAAUGUUGUAUUUAGCAUGGAUAAGCAGAUUGCUUUUAAAUUAUUAACCCUUUUUAAUAACUGUAAAUUUCAGAGGGUAGAAAUACUUUUUCUGAUAGGCUUUAACUAACAAGUAACUAGUCUUUUUUUUUUGUUUUCUGCCUUGUCUUCUAUGGGUCUAUAAUUACCUAUACAGAUAAGUUAUUUGUAUUUUUGUGAUUUGGAGCUUUUUCUGAUCAUAACCUUCUUUUUACAAAAACAGCAAUACGGUGUUACCUCUUAAACUGCACCGGCUGCAAGCUUCCUUAAAGCUAUAUGCACUCAUUGGGCCAGGUGGCCAUUCAUAUUCAGACAAACCGAGGGAGGACCACAUCAAUGAUUGAAUGUGGUCCUUGCCCAAAUGUGAUUUUCAAUCCUGAUAGGUAGGGUGGCCAAUAUGGUUCCAAUAUGGAUAGCCAGAUUCUGUGCCAAAUUGCUUGUUGUGCAUUCACUCCUACUAGUGAGCCAAUUUUCUCUCUUUUGAUAUUGAACAUCUCUUUGAUAUUAUUAUCUAUGUCUUGCCCUGUACCCAAUGUGAUGCAAGUGUCACAUAGACUUUAUGCAGCCAGUGAAGCCCCAGAUACUAGAAAUACUUUUUCUGAGCUUUAACUAACAAGUAACUAGUCUUUUUUUGUCUGCUGCCUUACCUUCUAUGGGUCUUUAGCUGCCAAUACAGAUGAGUUAUCUGGAAAUCUUAAUGAUUGAGUUUCUCAUGUUAUUUAUAAUACGCAUAGAAUAAACAAUAUAAUAGACUAAAAGGCCCAGAGGUUUUGCAAAUCAGUGUUAUUUCUAAUAAAUGGAUGUUGCUGGGCUUCAAUGAUUGCAAACUGAUUACAUUUACAUUAAAUGCAAUCUGUACAGUGUUUUUAUCUCGCUUUUCUACAAGUGUUCCUGAUUUUUCACAUGAUGUAAUUACCUUAUAAUAGACUGGCCUUUUAUAUUGAGGAAAAGGAGCUUGUUUGCCUUAUUCUGUUAGGAAAAUAUUGCUUCAUUUUGUGGGGCAUCUCUGUUCAAUAUCUGGUGUAUAGGUUCCAAUGCGACAGUAUUGUACAAUAUACAACAUAUAGUGCUCAUAAAUGUCUCCUUCCCUAAUAAAAUACAAAAUUCACAGAACAUAAUGGUUUAAAUGUAUAUGGACACAACAUCAUUAAAUAAUAACAAUAAAACAAGAGGUUGCAUUGUCCCUAUAACAACUGUACACCCAAGUCAGCUACACUGGAUGGCCAUAAAUGUAUCUGUGUUCAAUAACUUAUGCUAUUCAUGCUACUAGAACUAAUACAUUGGCACACCGGUGGGUAUUUACAAUUUUGUAGAGGUCAGUAUUUAGUGCAAGGCUAGUGGCAAGACUAGAACAUUGUGCUAAAGCUCAGUUUUGUUUAAAUUACGCCCGGUGUGUGUUUAACGAGCAGACUGUGGGUCAGUGGGGCUCUGCUUUCAAAAUGUUUUGUUUUUAUGAAUCCUUUGUUUUUAUUAUUUAAAAAUGUUGCAGAGUUAAUAUUUGUGAGUGUUUUGAAGAAGAAUACUGUCCCAUUUGUGCUUGUCUCUAACACAAGACAAAGGAUGUAAAAGCAAUAUGUCCUAAAUACAUUGCAUUAUUGUUAAUCUCUUCAGUAUUUAAGUUACCUGAAAAAGAAGCAGAUAUUUCCCACCAGAGAAAAGGUCAAAUAUCCAAGGCAAAGCCUGACAGAUGAAUUCUUUAUUACUAGAAAAGAACAGAAAUGGACAUGGCACAAAUGAUUCUCUUGCAUGCAUCUCACUUUAAUUUUAAAGAUUUGUGCCAUUUCUUUGGUCCAUUGUGUUACUUUCAAUGCAACAACAAUGCAAGUCUAUUAAAUAUUAUUAUAUAUGUCUGGUAAUGUGGGGCAUUUUUAAUUACUGACUGAAAAAUUGAGGGGUCCAUGUAAAAUAAUUACAAAUCAACCAUGUGAUCACUUUGUUAAUGCAGCAUAUAGCAAAUUAUUAGUAUUGGUAUAAGUAAGAUUCUGGUUUUAUAUUGUUCAUUAGCAGACAAUCAAAUGCCAUGUUUACAAUGUUCAGAGCCAAGAUUAUCAGUAACUAAUGGUGUGAUUGUGUCUUGGAAACAUGUACCCUUUUAGGUCAAUUAGUCAUAUAGUAUGACAUCUUAAUUGGUAUGUAUUUGCCAUAAUAACUGUUGCUGAAAAAUAUCAAUGUAUGGAUUUAUAUGUAAGCAGAAAACAAACAUAUCACUGAUUUCAAGAAAAUCCCAAUAGAUGAGCUGUUGAUUUGUGCCAAGGCACAGUGUUGUUGUUCUCAGUAGACAGAAAGAUCAGAUGAGAAAAUAGACUGUGCUUGGAAAAAAAAACAUUUUACACACAAAACAUAAUAUUCAUUUUACCAUAUAAUGUUGGGUCAUGCCAGCUUUCACUUUCAGCCUGAGCUCAACAAAUCUCUGGACACUCUGGAAAGCAGAGGUUUGCACAGACGCCACUGGAUAGCAAUUGAUGCAGCCGGAGAGAUAAUAGGGAUCAUUUACGAUUCCUCCAGGCCCUUUGCAUUAGGGCAUAUGUGCCGUUGAUACAUGUUCUCAUUGCAUAUAUGAUGCCCUGACAGAUCUGAAAGACAGGCCUGCAAUUUAUUUUCACUUUUGCAUUGAUCUGCUCAUUUGAGACUUUAUCCAAGACACUGACAAAAAGAUCUGUGCCAAUUAGCCAAGCGUAUAGUGGUGGGGUUUGUUUUUAGGGUCUUAAGAUUUUAUACAAUUUCAUUCAGACACGUAACAAAUCACUACAAUAACAAACUCACUGUUAGCUAUAAGAAUGAGAGGAAAGGCUGCAGCAAUGCAAACCUUUAAUAUAGCACAAUUUAUUAUAUACCCCACUUAUGACUUUCUUAAUACAAACUCAGUUCCUAUAUACGUUAAUAGCAUACAUUUUCCUAUUGCUGUCCAUUUACUGCUAAAGAGCUAAAAAGCCAACUGUCAGUAGCAAAGAGCCCGCUACAGAAGAACAGGAACAGCACCUCUUGUCUUUGUAGAUUAAAAUGCCUUUAUUGCAAAGUUUUUUGGGGCAAACAACAACAGCAGCAACGUUUCAGGUCACAUAAGACCUUUUAUCAAGCUGACUACUACUCUCCAAAGUAGCAAAGAGCCCAUCAACCUUCCAAGCUACCUCAGGUUUUUGCCUUUUGCUCCAGAGCACCGGCCCCCUGGCUCCCACCCCAUUUGCAUCAUUCACUGCUUCUCUUACUUACCUGUCCUACUGUCUUGCCACUUCCUAAGUUUAACAUCUGAUGGUCCCCUACAGAAAGUCUUGCACGAAUUGGGUCCAAAUACUAGGGAGAAGAUGAAUCAGCAUUUAAAUUAACUUACAUUUUUUUGCAAUUUAAGGUUUUAACAACUGAAAAGUUGUGAUUGCAGCUACUUUUGAGUUUCCAAAAUUAGAAUAUUGAAGAAUUAUGAAGCGCAAAAAAAUUGAAAGCACAAAUGUAAACAAAUUGGCACUUGAAAGCUGAGUUACCAUAGGCAUGAACGGUUGUUGUAUAUUCAAAAUGAAGCUAUUUUUAAAUGUAAGUUUUUGAGAUUAAUUUAAUAUUCAGAUUCACUCAAAAUUAAGGGUGGAGUGAGAUUUCACUGCUUUCAAGUCAUUUUGAAAUGACUCCAAAAUUCAAAUUUUAAUAAGUCUACUUCCCUUGUCUUUGGAUCUAUCAGACAUCUCAACAGGUGCAGACAAUGAAACAUUAUUUCCCCAAAGUUUAAAGAUAAGGAAUUAUAAGUCCCGAUGAAGGAUAAACAGUUUUUCCAGAAGCUAACUAUUCCCACUGCUAAAGGAACAUGAAAACAACUACUUCUUUUCAACUGGUGAAUUCCUUUCAUUAGCACCGUGCAGGUACCAGGAGUGUCUGACAUAAUUUCUAAUAUUGCUAUGGCUACCAUUGCCUCGGAUUUCUCUAUGGCAUUUAAUUAUUGUGUAACUCCACUGACAUUUUCUCACUGGGUAUCCAGCAGUUUAUGAAUUAUCAGCAAUUGAUUGGUAAUGUGCAACUGAAAGCAAUAAGAUGUAAUCCAACAGAGCGAGCAGAGAAUGUACUAUUUUUUCUGUAUCCCUUGGCUGAAUGUUUGUGACAUUUGAAUGAAUUUGGCAGCCUGUGACGCAUUUAUUUUCACCACUUUCAAUGGUUUGUAAAUUAUAAAACAAAAAAGGGAUGAUAUCAAUGCUAUUUUUCUAUUAAAAAAGAAUUAGAGUGUU